UGUAGAGGUGUGGGGUCUGAAGGCUCAAUAAGCAGAGGGUAGGUAGAGAGAGAAGUUGUUUGUUUAAGUGUUGUGCAAGUUGCUAAGCUGUGGAAAACUUCCGGUCCUUGAAGUAAAACUACUUUCUCUGCUAAUUCCUGAAAAGAACCAAGAGAGUAGGAAACCUCAUUUCCCAGGUCAAGCACAAACAUGUAACUUCUCAGAUACUGUAACUUCUCAAACCCAUGUUUGGAAUGGGUGUGCUGAAUCUAACCACCCACUAGCUAUUUGCCCUAGCAUCUGAGAAAAUGGAAGUAACUGAAAACCAGUUUGUUUGGAAAGGGAACUUUACAGUGAAAAGUCUUCGACCUUGACCUCUUGCAUUUUAUAGGGGGAGGAGGAGGCAGGAAAGAUAAAAAUCAGUUAUACUACCUGACUCCUACCUAAGUCUCACAGUCUCUGUAGCUGUUUCAUAAAACAGAAAAAAAUGCUUUCUUCCCGCCUGGACUGUGGUAGCUUUUGGGUACUCUGGCAGAGUCUGGGGAAGGUGUCUCCAAGCCAAGUGGCAUUGGGAGGGAUAUUGUGCAACUCCUUGGAGGAGAUUUGUUAACCUCCAAGGCAUUGCUUGCAUGAGAAGGGAGAUAGGAGAGCCGGUCCAGUGCAUGUACUUGCACCUGGGAUUUCCAGGCUGAUGAGUGGCACAGGGAAACGCUUUGAAGCAUCCGCUGUGCUGCAGAACCAUGCUGGGGAGAGGCUUAUCAGGUCCUGUAAGUGAAAGAAGAUGGGGUCUGGAUGCCUAAAAGUCACCAAAUAUUUCCUCUUCCUUUUCAACCUCCUGUUCCUUAUUCUGGGUGCUGUGAUCCUGGGAUUUGGAAUAUGGAUUCUGGCUGACAAAACGAGUUUCAUUGCAGUUCUACAGAUGUCAUCUCCCUCCCUGAAGACUGGUGCAUACAUCCUCAUUGGUGUUGGGGCCCUUACCAUGCUGAUGGGGUUCCUGGGUUGUCUUGGAGCCGUCAAUGAAAUCCGAUGUCUCUUGGGUCUGUACUUCACCUGCCUGAUGAUAAUCCUCUUAGCUCAGAUUGCUGCUGCACUGCUCAUCUACUUCCAGAAAGAAACGUUGAAAGUUGAGUUGUCUGGUAUAGUUGUAAAUCUGAUUGAAAAAUAUGACCCUUCGAAUGAAGAUAAGAGGAACUUGCAAGAUGCGUGGGACUAUGUGCAGACACAGAUUGCCUGCUGUGGUUGGACUGGAGCAAAGGAAUGGGAAAAUAAUGAGAUUCUUAGGAACAAAAGCAACACUGAGUAUCCGUGCUCCUGCUCCAAUAGAUCUAAGGACUUAGUGGAAGGAAGAGGUUUCUGCAAUCUGGAAGACCCUCUCAAUGGCACUGCAACAUAUGCUGACUGGCCUGUUCAUGAGCAGGGGUGUAUGGAUGGUGUAGAGGAGUGGCUGAAGGACAACCUUGGUAUCAUUCUUGGGGUUUGCACUGGUGUUGCUGUUAUAGAGCUGCUGGGGAUGAUACUGUCCAUUUCGCUUUGCAAGAACAUACACAGCGAAGACUACACCAAAGUGCCCAAGUCUUGAGUUGGCUGACUCCAGAGCUAUGGCACCACAGAGAAAGGAGCAAACAGAACAUUCCUGCCUCAUACCCAGACUGUCCAACCAUUGACCAUUACUCCUGUGACAUCCCAUUUCUGAUACCACUCUGCUAAGAACUGUUAGAGCUGCAACACAGCCUGAUCUUCUGGCAAUAGGGUCCUCGGGCCACCUGCAUCCUGCCUCUGGAUUAUUUCUACUUCAAGAAGCAGAACUUAAACUGUCUCGUGUCACGUGAGACACCGAUUAACCUGAGGGGACAAUGCUUUUGCUGCCUGCUCCAUGUUAAACAGUGCUAUUCAUAUCUUCAUUCUACAACCCACUGGACCUAACAUACUGUAACUUUUCUCUCCCUUGCUCUUCUGCACAUAUUUUCACCUCUCCUCUGAAGUCCCAUGAGCCAGGAAUUCUGUUGAGAUUCCAGUGCUUUGGUAGCUUCACUUGCUUCACUGACUUGUGGUGGUAACUAGUCAUGCUUUAUAGGCCUUCUCUUCCCUUGCAGUUGACCUGAUUCAGCUCCUACUAUACAUCAUCCAGCCUAGGUUCUCAUCUGAAAUACAGAGUGCUACUGUCACACUCGCUUCUCCUGUUUCUGGAGUCAGCUAUGCCUUGCCUUCAGUGGAGCUCUUCCCUUUGAGCCUGAUAAGAAGCCACCAGGAGGGAGCCAAGCCUGCUUAUUUAUUCCUAGUGUGACCUAGCAGAUUGUGGUGGUGGUGCUCAGCUGCUUCUGGAAUGGAUCCCUUGGGUUUUGGUUUUUACACUUACAUGUUUCUCCCAUUUGCCUCUUUAUCUUUUCCUUUCCCCCUAGCUCUGCUUUGCUGGCUCUUGUCAGCUUGGAGGUUACUUCAGAGACUGCUGCAUACUGUGGACUCAGCCCCAGGCUGGCUCUGCUGUUUGCAUUCUCGGGUUGCCAACUUUAUAGAGAUUACAAUUAUUUUGAUUCUUCCCCUGCUCCUUUAUGAACAUAAAAUUUGUUAGCUGUGGAUUUAGAUAUGAAUAUGGAGGGAUCUGACUGGAUUGCUGAUGCUGUAUAUUGAGAAUAUCACUGGUAUCAGUGCCCAGUAUAGGUUCUGUAGCUGGGAUGCAAAGAUAAGUUGCUUUUAUUUCAGUUGUUCAUUCUUCUGACUCCACUGUGGUCCGGAGCCAUGGCUGCAUCCUGAGUUCUGCCUCAAGUGCCAGCACUGCAGCAGAUAAGUAGCAGGUUCUGCAGUUGUGCAGGCUGCAGGAUUUUGUGCUAAUGGCUGGGCUGUUUGUUCUAUUGAGCCAGUGGUCAGCAGCAAGGAGUGGUGUAGACCAGAAUAAGGUAGGAAAUGCACAAGAAACACUGGCCCAACUGCUUACAUAAGAGAGCUGGGUGCAAAUCCUCACUCUUAGAGGUGUUUUGGGCACAGCAGAUUUCCUGCUGUUAGGCAUGGUACAAUGACUGUGACAUCAGGAAGCUGGAUGGGAGAUAAGUGGAUGGUCCUUGCCAGGGACCUGUUACAAGGUACUUGGUGAGAGAGCCUUUGCCUUACAGAGGUGGUUCCAGGACUAUCUCCUGUCAGGGGUGGGGCAGGUAGUAAUAACCCUACUUAGUAAAACCUACUUGGUUUUCCUUCUGGGAAGAAAGGCUGGUGCAGGGAAUCAGGGCCCCAGCAGUGGGUCCCUGCUCUGUCCUUAUCUUUGGACAGAGCAAUGACUGGGGAGAGUGACUGGGCAACUGGUUUUUAUGGAGGUCUGAUAAGGCUUUGCAAUUCCGAGAUAUCUGCCCCUUCCUGCACAGAUCCUUCAAGCUGACCUUUUCUAUAGCAGAAGGCACCUUUAGCAGUAAAGCUUGCUAGCUUUUGUAACACAAAGUCUAUUCUCUAAUGUGUUCUUAUUUGUAAGAUUCUUGUUCAGUUACAGAUGCCAAUGCUGAGCAGCAAGUAAAAAGGAGCCCAUUCUGGAUUUCCUUUUUUGUUUUUGUCUGGUUUUAGCAACAUCUUCCUACUGGAAGAAAUGCAUGUACAGAUAUAAAAAUCUAGAGGGUGAAUAUUUCUGUAAUAAAGACUUUGCUAAAAAAUAUA